AAUUCGCGCCAAAAUUUAUCUGGCAUUUGCAAUAAAGUUCACAUUGUUUCUAAGUUUUAAAUUAAAUAAACAUGGAUUUAAAAAUUAAAAGGAAAUCGACACGAACCGCAUACACAAGUAAUCUUUUGGAAAGCUACCCACAUGAUCUACAAAUGUAUAAAAUACCACCCAUAGAAGACAUAAGACUGCAAGAAUUUGAAUCUUUGGCUUUAGAAAGGCUAACUUUGUUAAGAUGUUUGACGACUGCUACAACUCUUAAAGGAUUACGAAUAUACUCAGAUGAAUGGAAAGAUUACAUCAUUAAUGAACUAAGGAGCCAAGGGCUAAAAUAUUACGCUAAUUUAUGUGACAUGUCAGGAUGUGGAACCAAUGAAAGCGAUUUACUCGCAAGGCGUAAAGAUCAUAUUGGCCAUUUUAUUCUUAGAUUGGCUUAUUGCAGAACAGAAGAAUUACGCAGAUGGUUUAUUGCAAGGGAGUUAGAAUUAUUCAAGAUGCGAUUUAUGACAAUGUCCCCUAAAGCUGUUGAAGAAUUUUUUAAGAUAAACCAAUUAUGCUACACAAGUAUAUCAGAUGAAGAAAAAAACGAUUUAAUGCCUUAUUUAAGAGAAUCCACAAUGCACCAUAAGAUAGAUACCUCGAAAAUUUAUAAAGUAAAGUUUUAUGAAGUUCUUGAUCUGGUGAAAGCAAGAAAAGUUUAUAUACAAGGCGGAUAUGCAUACAUACCUGACCGGGAUUUUAUAUCUGUUUUAUCUGCACAGUACAGGAUACACUUGAAGCAAAGUUUAGCAAUCGCUUGUCACCAUCUGGGAGAAAUUGAACAGGAUGAGAGGCUUGUUGGCCUGCUUAAAGGACUUCAUCAAUCUUAUGCUGGAAGCGAUUACAGUGAAACAAAAGUAACAAUACCAAUAGAGUCUUUAGAUUCUCUUUCUGUUAAAUCAUUUCCUUUAUGUAUGAGACAACUUCAUGAACAAUUGAGACUAAGCCAUCACUUAAAACAUGGUGGCAGAUUGCAGUAUGGACUGUUUUUAAAAGGAAUUGGAGUAACUCUUGAAGACUCAUUAAGAUUCUGGAGAGAUGAAUUCACUAAAAUAAUGGAAUCAGACAAGUUUGAAAAACAGUAUGCAUAUAAUGUUAGAUAUAACUAUGGUAAAGAAGGAAGCAAGAGGAACUACUCAGCUUUCAAUUGCUUAAAAAUUAUUAAUAAUAAUGUGGGUCCAGGUGAUUGUCAUGGAUGUCCAUAUAGACAUUGUGAUCCAAGCAACUUAAAAAAUAGGCUCAAGGGAUAUGGAAUAGAAAAUCAAGCUCUAAAUGAUAUAGUAGAGAUGGCAAAGAAGGGACAUUUUCAAAUAGCUUGUAGUAAAUAUUUUGAUUCCGCACAUAACACUGACAUUGGACUGGGAAUAAAUCAUCCUAAUCAAUAUUUUGAGGAAAGUCAGAAACUUCUGGCCGGCAACAAGGUGGAAAUUAAGAAAGAAACUAAGGUAGCUAAAAAGGAAGAACCUAAUAGUAUUGAAGAAAUGGAUUUUGAUGAAAUAUCUGAAUGGAAUGAGUAAAAUAAUUCAAUCAAAAGUAAAAAUAUUUGUUUAUUAUUAAUA